AAUCCGUGUGUUGAUUGUUUGUUUUCUUCUACUUCGGACUUCGGCGCCUCUCACUCUCACUCACUGCCUCCUCUGCUUCUCGCCUUCUCUGUGCCUCUGCUUCGGACUUCGGUGGUCAGUGGCCGAGGCUCUGUAUCUGUGCUUGUUAUUCCCCUUAAAAUUUUCAGUCAGUUCAGUCCACUACUCCACUGAUGGAUAAUUCAACUAAUUGGGAUAAUAGUCCACCGGAAGAUUUGAGUAAGAGUUGGGAGGAAAAUUGUCAAGAUCGAUUAAGAAAUAUUCAUGAAUUGAACAAAUUUGGUUUGCAACUUUUGACUGAUUGGCAGAGAAGACGAGAUGUAGCAAUUUUGCAACUUCUUGUACAUGUGGUGCAUGGAAUAUGGAUGAUGGGCAUAUAUUGUAGUCCACGUUAUGUGGAUAGAGUACUUACCGAAAGUAGUGCGGAAAGAGAAAAUGUUAGGCAAGAAUUACUAAGUGAACUUAGAUGCAAUAGGAAAUGUAGAGACAUAAUUUGAAUGGGGCCUUGUGCCUUUGCUAAGUUGUGUGAAAUUCUUCGAGGAAUUGGCUGUCUUAAAGACACUAGGAAUGCUUCUAUUGAAGAGCAAGUAGCCAAGUUUCUUUACAUUUUAGCACAUAAUGAGAGAAUCCGUACGGUUUCCUUUUUCUUUCGUCGUUCUAAUGAGAUCAUAAGCCGUCAUUUUCACAAUGUGUUGAGAGCAGUCAUCUACUUAGAAGAUCAGUUCCUUCUACAACCUAAUGGAGCAGAAGUUCCCCAACAGAUACGAAAUAGUCAUAGAUUUUACCCAUACUUUAAGGAUUGUGUAGAGGCUAUUGAUGGGACACAUAUUCGUGUAAAAGUGUCAGCAAAAGAUGCGCCUAGAUAUCGAGGGAGGAAAGAGUACACAACUCAAAAUGUAUUGGCAGCAUGUGAUUUUGACAUGAGGUUUACUUACGUUUUACCGGGAUGGGAAGGGACUGCCUCUGACUCGAGGAUAAUUAAAAACGCUUUAAGUAGGGAAGACAAACUUAUAAUCCCUAGAGGAAAAUAUUAUCUAGUAGAUGCGGGCUUUAUGCUGAGAAGUGGACUUAUGGCGCCAUAUAGGGGUGUACGUUAUCAUUUAAAAGAGUAUUCAGCACGUGGCCCAGAAAAUGUUGAGGAACUAUUUAAUCAUCGACAUUCCUCUUUGCGCAAUGUCAUUGAAAGGACAUUUGGUGUGUUGAAGAAACGAUUUCCUAUUAUAUCUGGAAUGACAGAACCUUUUUUUCCAGUUGAUACAGUUACUGAGAUUAUCUUGGCUUGUUGUAUAUUGCACAACUAUCUUAUGGGAGUUGAUCCGGAUGAAAGGUUGAUUGCAGAAGUUGAUCAGGAGAUUUCGAAUGAUGACAUACAUAAUGAAGCUAGAAACAAUAGAAAUGAUAGUGAUGCAGAUGCUAGAAGAGGAGCAAUAUUACGAACUAGUAUAGCAACUAGAAUGUGGAAUGACUAUGUAUCGCAUGAUCAAUAAUUUUACUCAUUAUGUUAUGAGAUUUGACUUGCUUAUAUGUAUUUUUCUUUAUGAAAUAGUUUCAAAUGGAAU